AUGGUACAAAUCACGACCUCGCCUGCAAAGAGUGAGACCUGCAAGAAGGAUCAGCUCUGCUACUCCCCCGAUGGCGGCAAGGAGGCGUGCCAAGACGAGGAGAAGAAGGAUCCAUACCUCAUAGAUGUGCAUGGCAUCACCAAGAACAUGGCCCACCACCACUCCGGUCCCAAAAGCGAGAAAGUGCCCGGGCGCACCUUCACCUUCGUAAAGAAGAAGGAAGACAGCAUCCUGCGAUUUCUGUACACCGACACCUUUCGAGUGUUAUGUACUCCCCACAGGUACAAAGGUCGCUUUAUCGAUGGCUGCGCCGGUCGAUGGGAGAUCAAGAUUGAUGGGAAGUCCUGCCCCAGUGGGGGAAUAUACCAGGAUUGGUACGUCCAUCGGUUUCAGGAUUCCCAUCGCACCAAUGGAUGGGGAGGCGUCUGCAAAGGUGUCAGCGUCGGCAAGCACACCGUGCAGGUGUAUGUCGGCCCUACUCCUUGGCACCAUGGGUGGAACAUCAUGGAUGCUUUCACUGGCUGGCAUGCUGGACAUGGAACUCCGAGAGCCACGGUGCACCUGGAGGUCCAGGAGAUCCCAGAGGCCUACCCCCUCUACCACUACAAGAGCGGCGAAGGUGGUGAUGCUCGGGACUCCGGGCACCUUACUGGCCGGCACAUCUCAUUCAAGAAGCUCAACAAAGACAGCAAUUUGCGCCUCUACUACUCGGACAACCUUCGGGUCAUGGUGCGAGACGUGCACCGGCAAGGUGCCUGCGCGUGCCGCUGGUCCAUUCACAUCGAUGGGAAGGAAUGUCCCACGGGAUAUGUUGCGGGAGACGUCUACAUUCAUAGACAUGAAAAUCCCCAUCGACCGAAGAGUAUGGUCGGGUAUUGCGAUGGGGUUGACGCAGGCGACCACAAGGUCGAUGUUCACGUGUCUACAACGCCAGGAUAUGGGCAUUGCGAUUGCCACACUGGAUGGCACAAUUCGCAUUAUCUCCUCGAGGCCGAGGAGGUUCCGAAGCCAUACGACAUGGUGCACUACAACAUGCAGCGUCAGACCGACCAUAGGGAUGCUGGCAUCCUAAACAAUUACAAGGUCACCUUCACGAAGAAGAACUCGGAGACCCGACUUCGCUUGCUUUUCACGGAGAACCUGCGCGCGUAUAGCAGGAAUCACCACAAGCCCCACCAUGGCACGACCUGCAGCGCUGACUGGGAGAUCUUUGUCGAUGGGAAAAGCUGUGGUUCCGCCAGCAUCCAUGCGCAGAUCUACACCCGACGGCUGGAGGCGAAUCACAUCUCGCACAAUGGCGGCUGGGCCAACCACCAUGGAUGGUGGUGGUGGGUGUGGCCAGCUCACUUUGCCAAUCAAGACACGAAUCCUCAUCGCGUUCGGACCUUUGCGGGGUUCUGCGACGACGUGAGCCAAGGUGAGCACACCCUGACUGUGAACCUGAAGAGCCCAUUUGGGAACUGCGACUUGUGGACCGGCUGGAAAAACGACCCUGCUGGCAAGGGUCCUGGCGGCACCCUGGAAGCGAUUGAGUUUUUCAGACCAUGCAAUGAGUUCGACUCGAAGGCGGAGUGCAAGCAGCCACGAUGCCACUGGGACGAGGACGAAUGCAUCGACUUGGCCGAAUGCCCUGGCAGUGACAAAGUCGGAGUGGGCGCCGACUGCUUGUGUGGGGAGAAGAAGGCCGAAAAGGGGAAGUACUGCUAUGAGGACAAGACGGUCCAUGACGGCGUCAAGGAAGAAGCCAAAAGUGCUGCGAGAAUCUGGACCCCGCAUGUGGGCCUUCUUCUGCUUCCGCAAGCACUUAUCGUGGCUGUUACCUGA